AUGUUGCACGUGCUGAACAAGUCAUCAGGAUCUUCAAUCCAACGAGGGCAUCAAGCAGUUCUUCACCAUCUUCGGCGUCUUCUCGGCUUCAAGGCGUUGCCGAACGAUCUGGUGAUGAGCCCACUGCUGCCGCUUCUUCUUCGCCACUUUCUAGAGGGCCUACAACUCAGCGCCGGCUGCAAGCUGUUCUUCAUCACCUUCGGCCGCUUCUCGGUUUCAAGGCGAUCUGGUGAUGAGUGCGCCGCUGCCGCUUCUCCUACGCCACUUUCUAGAGGAACACAACUCAACGCCGGCUCCAGGUUGUUCUUCGCCAUCUUCGGCCGCUUCUCGGCAUCAAGAUACUUUCUACAAUGGUCAGAAACACUGCGCGGUGCAGAACAAGUGGCCAAGUGUGUUUUUGUUUCACUUUGGGUUGUCGCACUUUCGAUGCAACGAGGGCAUCAAGCAGUUCUUCGUCAAUUCCAGCGGCUUCUCCGCCUCAUCGGCUUCACGGCGAAGCUGAUGGCGAAAACGACGGAAGGAAAGCAGCAUCGGGGUGUUCGAAUAGAAUACGCGCUGCCGAACAACCUGCUGAUGCUCCCGGCGCUGCCGCUGCUUCAUCGCAACUUUCUGAAGGAAUUCUCGAACGACGUGGUGAUGAGCCCGCCGCUCCCGCUGCUUCAUCUCCAGUUCCUG